UCCCCAUCCUUUCCCCUCAUGACGAUCUGACAACUCUUUCCACCUCCUCAACCGAUCCUCUCCAACUUGAUCACUCAUCACUACUCUCAUGGCUUCACAAAAGAUCACUUCCGCUCUCGCGGACAUUGAAGCCUCCGCCAACCCCCAAAACAAACUACAGCUCUACAGCGACCUAUUGUCCGACGUGGUAUCAACAUCGAGCGCAGAUCAACUCGCCCAGGAUCUGAUCUUCUACCUGGACUCCGUCCUCAGCGAAGACAUCAGCAUUGUCGCUGCCCGCCCCAUCCUCGACUCCUUCAUCGCCGUCCUCCGAAAACUCGACCCCGAAACCCAGAUCAAAGUGGGCCAGCAUGCCGUCACCCUUCUGCAAUCCCGAUCCACCUCCGUCGAAGAGCAGGACUCCCAGAUCCGCGAGCUGCUGGCAGAUGCCUACGAGUCGCAGGAGGAAUACAUCGCCGCGGCGCGAGCAUUGCAGGGGAUCCACAUCGACAGUUCGCAGCGGCUAGUCUCCGACGCGGCCAAGGUGCGGUUAUGGGUGCGCAUUGUGCGACUCUACUUGGAGGAGGACGAUACUACGACGGCGGAGGCGUUUUUGAAUCGGAUCAAGAACCUGCCUAGUAAGAUUGAAGACCACGAGUUGAAGCUGCACUUCAAGCUCUCGCAGGCGCGGAUUCUCGACGCCCGACGGAAAUUCCUCGACGCCAGCCAGGAGUACUUCAACGUCAGCUUGGCGGCCGGCGUCGACGAGAGCGACCGUCUCCAGGCGCUGGCGGCUGCGAUCCGCUGUGCGGUCCUCGGUCCCGCGGGCCCCCAGCGCUCUCGCAUCCUGGCGACGCUGUACAAAGACGACCGGGCAACGUCCGUGGAGGAGUUCGGCAUCCUGGAGAAAAUGUUCCUGGACCGACUCCUGAACCCGGCCGAAGUCGCUGCAUUCUCGGAACGCCUGGCACCGCAUCAACUCGCACAGACUGCCGACGGUACCACCGUCCUCGACAAAGCCGUCGUGGAACAUAACCUCGUGGCGGCCAGCAAACUGUACGAAAACAUCACCACCGACGCCCUAGGCGCCAUCCUGGGCCUUGAGGGAAGUGGGGAUCUGACGGCCGGCGAAAAGGCCGAGGCGUAUGCGGCGCGGAUGGUGGAACAGGGUCGGCUGAGCGGCAGCAUCGACCAGAUCGACGGCGUUAUCCACUUCCAAUCCAGCACCGCUGCUACGAGACAGCACAUUCGACAGUGGGAUGCCGGGGUGCAAGGACUUGCGGAGGAUGUAGAGAGAGUCGCGACGAGUAUUACAGAUGCUUUCCCGGAAUUUGCCGCCGGGCAGACCGUUCACUGAGUAUGAAGUGGGCAGCAGUUUAUUUACGAGGAAUGAAUUAUUCUGAUACAG